AUGGAAGAUCUAGAAUCUGGUAGUAGUGGGACCCCAGCAAUUGAAUUCCAUGACUUUGUUCAUGGACUCUUCUUUGGUUCUGUUGACCUUUUCCACCUGCAAACGCCUAGUUGGUCUUUCAAGGCUUCCACUGCCCCAAUGCUUGAUGCCACCACCCACCCUUUGGUUGAUGCACUCAUGCUGAUCGAUUAUUUAAAACCUUUGACAGUUUCAGAAAUGGAGGAAAUGAGAAACAGAGACAAAGAAAAGGACAAACCAGCCAUUAGAAAACUAAAAGUUUUUAGCUUUUCUUAG